AUGUGGGAACCAGUAGCUCUUCCCUUCCAGAACUCCCAGCCUCUGCCCACACUACCUACAGCAGAUGAGAUCCGCGCUUGCACCAAUGUUUUGUUCGAGACCCACGCCACCAAGGUUGUGGCAGUGAGCGAAAAUGUUGUUGCAAAAUAUGGGAGUUAUGUAAAUGACUGGGAAGGCCAGGCUUUGGUUUACCUCGAACGACAUGUCCCAGAAGUUCCGGCCCCUCGACUGUACGCGAUGUAUCGUGAUUCCAAACAACUUUUCUUAAUCAUGGAACGCGUUCCUGGGGUGUGGCUGGAUUCCAUUUGGUCAUCAUUGGCACAGUCUGAGAAGGAUGACAUUGUCGCAAAACUUCAAAUAAUAUUUGACGCAAUGCGAAAGGUCGAGUGUCCAUGGCCCAACUUUUUUGGAGGCAUGGACGGGGGCGGCGUACAUCACUACCUAUUCUAUAGCCAACAUGGUGAUAAUAAAUUUCUAGGGCCUUUCUCCGACGAACCUGCCUUCGUUGCAGGCCUUGUCGGUAAUUACAGAGCCUUGGUCGACCGCAAUAAUCACCCAGAUUACAAGGCUCGCUUUUACGAAAAAUAUCUCCCUCGCGUCCUUCAAGGUCACCGGCCCACCUUGACGCAUGAUACAACAAUGGGGAUGCAAUCCUAUGGCUGCAAACACAGUGAGCCUCCACCACGUUGA